AUGGCUAACAUCGAAUGGAUGUUAUCGAUUGCUGAAACAGAUACAUCAUACUACCAUAGCCUGAUUAAGCACAUGCCAAUGGAGACAUUUGUUCUUCAUACGCUAAGAGAGGCAAUGACAGAAAGGAGACAACUUAAAGGGCUAAUUGCAUUCAAUUUCUUGACAAUGUCAGGCUCUGGCAAGAAAACUAAGGGCAGGCUGGAGGUUGACAGGUUGAUAUCAUUCUCAAAAUGCAGAUCAAGGAUCUACAAGAAAGCAAGUGAACUAGCUGCAUUAUGUGGCGCUGAGAUUGGUUUUAUAGUCUUCUCACCGGCAGGUAAGCCCUUUUCAUUUGGCCACCCCUCUAUUGAAUCUGUUGCUAACCGCUUUCUGCACGAAAAUCCCGCUCCAAAUGACAACACUAACCCUCUUGUGGAGGCUCUUCGAAAGGGAAGAAUCAAUCAGCUAAGCCAGCAAUUAAAUGAGGUACUUAGCCAACUGGAUGCAGCGAAAGAGACAGCAAAGGCGAUUGAUCAGCUGACAAUUGAGAAAGAAACUCAUGGCUGGUGGGAAACUCCCAUUGAUCAACUUAACCAGAAGGAACUCCAAGAACUGUAUACUUAUUUUGAGGAUCUUCGCAACAAUCUCUAUAGCAAUAUGAAUAAGAGAGUGUUGGAGCCACUUCUUCACUGCUUGCUCCAAUGGAUCCGGCUCAGUUGA